AUGGCCGACAGCGACGCGACUAACUCGCUUCCUACCACCAAACCCACAGACCAACAUUGGAGGAGAGCCCGGAGAGGUCCUUACCAAACACCAACCCCAGCAUAUCGCUACCUGUAUCUGGACACUAUGGGCUGCAAAGCACCGCACCCGUACUCACCUACUGACCGGGUACUGUGGACACGGCGAUCUGAGGACACUUUGAUCGAAAUGAGGCUGCGGAAUACAGUGGAACGCCUGGGUACUCCGCGAGGGUCACCCCCAAGCCUGGGAACAGGAUGCCUCUCAACCAACGACGAUCCCAGCUCCUCGGGACGAAAGGCAGCCAAGGAGUGCACUGCGGAACUCACGACAGCCUUAAAAGAUAACUCCCUGGCGAUACUUGCCGAUACAUGGACAUCUCUGUAA